UUCUUUUUGUUGGUGUUUGUUUCAGGAAGUAAGAGGGGGAAAAAAACAUAGAAAUAUUAGUGCCACACACUGAUUUGGAUAUCCUCUCGGAAUUACAAUACAUCUCACAAGGGAAAUACCAUUCAUGUCAAUACUUCAACAUGCAGCCGCCGCCGAGGAAGGUCAAAGUGACACAGGAGCUGAAAAACACUCACACAGAGCAGAUGACAAGACUGCACUUUAAACACCAGACCGAAUGUGACCUGCUUGAAGACAUGAGGAGCUAUAGUCUGAAGAAAGGACAACUGGAGCGGGACUAUGCACAGGCUCUGCAGAAGUUAGCGAGUCAGUACCUAAAGAGAGACUGGCCUGGAAUCAACCCCGAUGACCAGAGAACAGACUAUAGGAAUGUGUAUGCAGUGUGGAGGUCCUAUUUAGAAGGUACAGUCCAGGUGAGCCAGUCCAGGCUCAAUGUAUGCGACAAUUACAAGAGUCAAAUAUCAGAGCCCGCUAAGACUGUUAGACUGUACAAGGAGCAGCAGCUUAAAAAGACAAUAGAUCAGCUGAGCGGCAUUCAAGCAGAGCUGCAGGAGUCAGUGAAGGAGUUGGCCAAAGCUAAGAAAAAAUACUACGACUGCGAGCAGGUUGCCCACGCUAUACGAGAGAAGGCCGACAUCGAGGCAAAGUCUAAACUGGGUCUUUUUCAGUCAAGAAUUAGUUUACAGAAAGCAAGUGUAAAGUUGAAAGCAAAAAGAAGUGACUGUAACUCAAAGGCGACACAGGCCAGGAACGACUACUUGCUAACGCUAGCUGCUGCCAAUGCUCACCACGAUCGCUACUACCAUACAGAUCUGCUGCACUGCAUACAGGCCUUGGACGGCAGAAUCUAUGAGCACGUCAAAGACUACCUGGUGGCACUUUGUCGCACUGAGCUUGAGGCCUCCCAGGCUACACACAACACUUACCAGUUCCUUUUGGACAAAUCCACCAGGAUAAUGCAGGAGUACAACCAGCAGUUGUUCAUGCAAGAGAAUCCGGUAUUUCACAAAGCGCACGACUUCCAGUUCCAGCCCAGUGAAUGUGACACGAGUCGUCAGCUGGAGUCGGAGUCGGGGACGACAGAGGAGCACAGUCUGAACAAGGAGGCCAGGAAAUGGGCAACCAGGGUGGCCAGAGAGCACAAGAAUAUCAUUCACUACAAGCGAUCUCUGGAGGAGUGUGAGAGCCACGGCUUGCCUCCCACAGAGCAGGGAAGAUUAGAUCUGGAGAUGAAGAUCGAAGACACCAAAGAAAACAUGCGCAAAGCCGAGACAAUAAAGUUGAAAGCUGAAGCUCGGCUGGACCUUCUACGCCAAGUUGGGGUUGCCGUGGAUACCUGGCUAAAGAGCGCCAUGAACCAGGUGAUGGAGGAGCUGGAGAAUGAACGUUGGGCCAGCUACACUUCCCACGACCCCUCACUGUCGGGCACAGUGGACCUGGAGCGUGAAGAGGGUGAAGAGUGUGAGGAGAAUAUGGAGGUUUUUGACGACAGCAGCUCCAGCCCUUCGGGGACCCUCCGCAACUACCCGCUAACCUGCAAAGUCCUGUAUUCAUACAAGGCCUCCCAACCAGACGAAUUAACUAUCGAUGAACAGGAGAUGUUGGAGGUCAUUGAGGACGGAGACAUGGAGGACUGGGUUAAGGCACGCAAUAAGGCAGGUCAGGUGGGCUAUGUCCCAGAGAAAUACCUGCAGUUCCCGACCUCCAACAGUCUGCUGAGCAUGCUCCAGUCUCUGGCUACGCUCGAUGCUCGGUCACACACCUCGUCUAAUUCAACAGAGCCAGAGCUGCACUCGGGCUGCAUAAACGGAGACACGAAUAUGGUGUAUGUGCGUGCACUUUAUGAUUACGAGGGUCAGGCGGAUGAGGAACUCUCCUUUUCCGAGGGAGCUGUGAUCCGCCUGUUGAGCCGUGACACUCAGACAGACGACGGCUUCUGGGAGGGGGAGCUGAACGGGCGGGUGGGCGUUUUCCCCUCCGUGCUGGUAGAAGAUCUUACAGAGAAUGGAGAGACCAGCGCGGGAGGGACAGGUGACACACAGAUCUCUCCUUCUUUGAAACUGCCAUCUUCUCUGCCACCUCUUCCGCUGUACGACCAGCCUCCCAUCAGCCCCUUCACCAGCCCCGAGACUUCCACCCCACCUCCUCUGCCACGUUCCCCUUCCGCUGCUCUUAAUGGGGAGCACAAGCUUCCUCUGCCUGCCUCGUCACACAAAGGACCGCUGUCAGCUCACAAUCAAAGCUCUGGCAGGAGUCCAGUGUCUCCAGGAUUUGCUAAGACUCAGCCGCCAAGAUUCACUCCUGAAGGAGGCCCGGGCAAACUACGACCUGUGCGAGCCGCUCCUCCUCCACCCAAGCAGCACCCCGCCGACAGCAGGAGAAGAGCGACAAGACGGAGGAGGUGGAGAUCACGCUGGUGUGACAGACAAACAAACUGACAGCCGGUUAUAGGCGCACAAACAGAAAUGAAAACAGAUGAAAGGCAGAUGUAUCCUACAGGCUUGGGAACUGAAGUGAAGUUAAAUAAAGUGAUGUGAAGUAAACUGAACUGAACCACGCUGACCCCUCCCCCCGCCCCAAUCUCCUGAACUCCUGGCUGCUCCGUAUCUUCUCCCUUUGAGCUGAAGGGGAGGAGAGCAGAGAGAGGGGACAAAGGCAGACUAUCCAAUGUAGUAAUCUCCAUAUUAGCUUCCUAAUGAAGUGCAGCAGUAGCCCACACACCCCCGAUCCCUUCACCCUACCACGUCCUUUCAUUCUUGCCUUAAAACCUCACCUCAUUGGGCAGCAGAUCACACCACGGUGAAGCAGAGGAAGAAUGGCAGGAGAGGAGGAGGAUGGGGAAAAAGCUAUUUGUGACAGAUGACGGAUUUGGCAAGUUUUCUGUUGUCAAGCUUUCUUUCUGCAGGGGCAGAUCAGAGUCAAGAUUUAGAUUUUUUCUCUUCCCAAGAAAUAACCAUGAAUCAUGAGAAACGUUUUGAAGCCCCAAGAACUGACAAACUGUAGUAAAAGGUUAUCAGACAAACCAAACAUAUAACUCAAUACACUAUAACUAUAAAACUAGGGUGGGAUGGAGGCAGAUGAUUGAUUGUGGCGACCCCUAAAGGCAGAAGCUGACUUAAAUGGCAGUCCACAUGAACAGCUGAUAACUUAGUAUGGAUCUAGUUGGCAGAUAUCAUACAGGAUGCAAUAUUUACGUUGCUUUAGCCUGUUUACAGUUAUCGCACAUCUGCAAGCCACUUUGCAACCCAGCUCAUGCUUUUCAUGCUGUGUGUGUUUUAAUCAAUGAUGAGUGUUGCUUGCAGCGUCCUGUACAGAUGUUGGUUUGGUCCAAAGAAGAGAGCCCAAUCUAAAUCAGUGCAGAUGGAAAUAAACAAUCUGCUUUUUGCUACUGUAUUCCCGGGGGCAUUUAGUUUUGUUUUUAAAAAAGUCCGGUUCUUAUCUGAUACCUUUUCCUUACCUUUUGUGAGUGUUGUGGGCCCAUCCAAAGAAAGCUGGCUGAAAUGUAAGUAAAAACUUGCCAAGUGUGUCACGUUUUUGGAGAGCAGUGGAGAACGAAGUGAACGACCAGAGAAACUGAGCGGUGUGCGUGGACGCAGCGUCCCUCUCCUUAGGCCUUCCCUCACCAUAUAUAGUCAUUAUCAUCAUACGUAUUUAAUGUGUAAUAGUACAGUACAUUACUGUCGUCAUAGGAAUGUUAUGCUCAGCAUUUCAUAUAGACUAACUCAGCUGAAUGGAAUACCAUGUCUGAUAUGUAGUGGAAGUUUUAUCUUCAUCUUAUACUGAAAGGGCAUUGUAAAUACAGCAGGAAGGAGAGCUCAAAGGAGGGAGAGGAUGAAAGAAAACGAGAGAUAAAGGAGGCUGGAUCCUUCCCUCUGCUCUUAGCAUCACCUCUCUUCCCGUCCCUCCUUUACGUCUCUCCCUCUUUCCUCUAAAGACGAUUCUGUCCAUUGGCAGUCGGCGUGAAUCAGUGACUGUCAUAUACAUACAUACAUACAUACAUACAUUAUACGACAUACGCGUUGCUAUAUCUUCUCUCAUUCUGUGCGCCGAUUGUCUGUAUCACUGAUUGGUUCAGAGAUGCGCUGCUGGUGCUUUUAAAGGCACUCAAAUUGUUGGUAUUCACUAUGUGGCAACAAAGAAAAGUUUUAUUUCAGAUGAUGUAGACACAGGAAAGUAUUUGUGGCCGGGACUUCUUAUUAGCACAGAAUGAACUGUAUAGCUUUCAUCCCUCUCAUGCCGAUUUGUUCACUGUUCAGUUCAACUAAGACGCACGUUUACUUGAUGCUCAUUACAUUUGCAGAUAUAAUUUUUCUCUCGCCGAGCAAAGCCACCACAUCUUGUGUCCUAAUGCUAGAAACAGAAAACAAAAGAGGUGUGUAGAGGAAAAAUAACAAACUAAAUGGACAGAACUAGCAAAUGACAUUCAAAUGGAGCUAAGUACAAAUCUUUUGUGUGUGUGUGUGUGUGUGUGUGUGUGUGUGUUUUUUUUUUUUUUUUUUUUUUUUUAACUCAAAGUAAAUAAAUGCCCCCAUGUCCCUUUACAUGGCCCUAAAGCCUUUGAGACUCCUUGCCUGAAGGGCAGCGUAGCACUUUUAUUAAUUUCUACCUUACUUGGAAAGUAGCAGUACCCUCACAAAGCAUCGGCACGGGUGGAAAAGACUGAUGAAUCCUUGUAGUUACAAUGAUUCAGAGUUGUUCUUUUUAAGCUGAUCCUAUGGACUUUUUUGUUUCAGUGUGACUGAUGCUUAAAAAACAAAACAAACAAAAAAAGAGGUGGAGAGACGACUGUGGACAGUGAAAUUCGCUGUUUUCCUUUAUAAGAACAAAACAAACAAAAAUUACAGAAAGCGAUGUGUUUGAAUGAAUCAUUUUCUUUUUUUGGUCUCGAGAUAGGCCUGGGUGUUUAUGAGUGUGAUUGUUUAUAAGAGAGAGAGGAGGAAUUUUAAUCUCAUCUGUGUUUGACUCUGAAGAUGUGUCCCAGUUCCUCACUGCAAAUGAACAAGUUUGGAGAGCGUUUGCACAGAAUAAAUUGCAAAAUAAAGUAUUGUCCAAUGCAGGAGACAAAACUAAA